AUGUCUAACCUUUGCCACUUAGAUACUGAACGAGAGUCGAAAGCAGUCAAACAAGAAAACGAGGGUUGCACUAGCGAGACAACACCUGUGGUAAAUGUGAAAACUGAUGGUUCCGACCAAGAGAACUUAACUGUCGAAGAAACUAAGGCUGACGAAAUCUCUAAUACGCAUGAGGUGAAACGCGAGCUGACAAAUAGUGAAAAAACCUCAGAAACCAACUGUUCGAGAGAAGAACACGAAAAAAUGCAUACUUCUAGACUUGGUAACGUUGCAAAACUCGUCGGAGCUCACGUUAGCGCUACCGGAGGAGUUCACAACGCCAUUGCUAAUAGCUUAUCUAUCGGGUGA